CAGAUCAGUCUGGUUUGUAAAGUCUAUUACAAGUACCGGAAGCAAACCCUGCUUCAGAAGUACUUAGACCACCACGGCUGUCUAGAAAGAAGACACGACUUUACGAAGGAUCCGAGUAGAUCCCAGAAGCACUGUUUUCUGACCCGGAUAAUCUGUAGGUAAGCGCAAUCUGCCGUCAUCCAAUGAGUGCCGAGUUUGCUGUCUGUCGAUCACAGGUGGAAGAGUGGACUAAGCUUGCUUCAAUUCCCUUCCGUCUACUAGGACACGAUGAACAGGAGAGGCGUUUAGAUCUAAUUUCAACUGUAGGAGCUCAUUCUUUCUUCAUCAUUUGUCCUGCAAUACACAGCGACGGCAAGUGGCAAGUGUGGAGUGAUGACGAGGAGUCUCUUCAACUGCUCGCCGACAUCCAGGACUUCACUGAUCAUUGCAACAGAAGUCUCACUGAUGUGCUGAAUCAAGCGGCGAAACUCCUCUUUACAAGCUCAACUACUACCGAUGAUUCUGAUAAGGACAGUGAUGAAGGUAUGGAAGAUGACGAAGAGGACGAUGAUGCAUAUGGUAUGGAUGAUGAUGACUAUUAUGGUGGAGAGAGUAUUGAUGAUACAACAGAGAGCAGCCUUCAACCUGCAGCGAGAGCUGCUGCUGCUAAAGAUGACGAAGAGGGGAUUAGUGCAGAUGAUUUCUUUACGGGCGACGGCUCACCUGCUGCAGCACAUAGGCUUAUCUUAGAUCUCAAAAACCUCAACAAGUCUAAGGGAGCAUUCGGAGUGGAAGGUCAACCAAACGGAGACAAUCUCUUCCAUUGGACUGUGACACUGAAGGACUUCGAUAAGGAUUCUUUGCUGUAUAGAGAUCUUCAAUCAUACGCCAAGAAGUACAACAGAAAACCUGUUGUACACAUGGAAAUGAAAUUCCCUAAAGACUACCCUAUGAACCCGCCAUUUGUUCGAGUCAUCCGACCAAGAUUUAAAUUUCUCACCGGUCAUGUGACCAUUGGUGGUAGUGUGUGCAUGCAGUUGUUGACAAGAUCAGGAUGGAGACCAACAACAGACAUUGAGAGCAUGCUGAUUCAAGUACGAGCAGAGAUUAUGUCAGACAAGAGAGCUCAGCUAGACACAUAUCCAGACCGCGAAUACAACGAAACCGAAGCGAGACAAGCAUUCGAACGCAUGGUGCGGCGAUAUGGCUGGAACAAAUAAUCUCACAUUAAUAAAUGGCUAAUUUCAAGCAGAUGUCUUGCUGCUUCUAAAAUCGUAUGACAGUUAUUUGUUGAUCGUAGAUUCUGUGACAUCAUAACUCAUCAUGAAUUUUGCUCUAAACAUGAAGCAUUGUUGACAAUG